CUUACCCAGUUCACUAGAACUAUUUAUAUAAAUUAGUUUUUUGCCAACCGCACAUCGCAAAAGUACAAGACCAAAAUGUGGAACGAUGAUAUUAAAUUUCGCGUUGUACAACCCCACGAAUACGAACAAGUUGUAAACUUUAUUAUUGAGCACUUCUAUCGUGAUGAACCCUUAAGUUGUUUGGAACCCAAGGUAAUACCCAGUGAAACCGAUCGUGCCGAUAUAUUGGCCUGUCUAAAAGGUGGCACCAGUAUUUUGGGUGUACAAGUCAAGGAAAAUGGCGAAGAAGAAUUGGUAGCUGUUAAUACUGCUGUGCCUAAGGAUCCCUCCUCCAUAGACAAGUACUUUGAAUCGGCCGAAAAGGAAGGCAAUACUAAAUAUGGACAAAUUUUGAAAUUAUUGGGUGUUGCCAGUCGUGAGGCUGAUGUCUUCAAACGCUAUAAUGUCGAUAAGUUGCUGUACUCUUUCAUGACCUGUGUUAAACCCGAUGUACGUGGUAAGAAUUUGGGUGUACGCAUUAAGUUGGAACUUAUGGAAUUGGGUCGUCGUUUGGGCUAUAAAUUGUUGACAGCCGAUUGCACUAGCUAUUAUUCGGCUCGUGUAUGUGAACGUUUGGAUUGGGAUCGUGUGAAUUUUGUCGCCUACAAGGAUUAUGUUGAUGAAAAUAAUAAACCCAUCUUUAGUCCUCCUCCACCACAUGUUGGUUUGACUUCAUUUGCUACUCGUCUGUAAAAUAUGGUUAUUUUCUUAAUUUGUAAUUUAUAUAAUGUUAGUAAUUUAUUUUAUAUUUUAAUAAAAUUGUUGUUUUCUGUUAGUGAUUAAAUUAA